CUUUUGGCCGCCACCCGUUGAACUCUCUUUCAAAGCCGCCUCCCCCAUUCCCAUUUCUUCCGCCCAUCUUCUCCUUUUCCUUUCUCUCUUUCUUUCUCUCUCUUCUUUCUCUCUCUACCUCCUCUUUGUUUACACUCUUUACUGGUCCCACCACCACAUUACCCACAAAAGUUUAACAACCCCAAAGAAAAAAAAAAUAAAAAAGAAAUCUCACACACAGACACAGUUGCAGAUGUUGUGCUGUGUGAUUCGCACUUUUUCUCAUAGGAAUAAGCAGCUGUGAGUGAACUCCAGAAAUACACAGCAUAAUCCACCAAUUAAAUUUUAAUUAUACCACACUAAAUCCCAAUUAUUAUUAUUCUUUUCACAAAUUUGCUUCAUUUUCUCUCUCUAUCUCUUUCCCUUUCUCUCUCUAUCUUCACAUCUUCGAUCCAAUUGAGGGAUUUGAGUUUAGUUGAAGUUUAAAGUGUGUCUGUGCUAAUGUUGGAAGAUCCUUCAUUUCCUUUUUCAAGGGAUUUGUCGAAUAAUUGUGAGCAAGAAAGUAAUUGGAUUUUUGAUGGGUUUAAAUUAAUUGAAACGACUAACUUUAAGAGAAAAUCACAAGAUGAACUUGGGAACUCACUUAAGUUCUUAAAAAUUGAUAAGACAAGGGACAUGGAAGUUGAUUUCUUGAAACUUUCACUUUCCCUUGUUAGUGUUCCAACUGAAAACGUCGAAAGUUUGGAAGAUCCACCUAAUAGCAUUGAAAAUGGUGGAGAUUCAUCUGAAAACGUCGAAAGUUUGGAAGAUCCAUCUGAUAGUAUUGAAAAUGAUGGAUACCAUUCUGAUACAAGUUCCUAUAUACACCAGAUAGGAAAGGAUAACUCAAUAGAUUGUAUUGCUCGAUGCUCUAGGUCCGAUUAUGGGUCUAUAGCUUCAGUUAAUCGCAACUUUCGGUCAUUAAUUGAGGGUACUAUGCUAUACAAGUUGAGGAGGAAAAUGGGUAUUGUAGAGCAUUGGAUUUAUUUUUCUUGCAGCUUGCUUGAGUGGGAGGUUUUCGACCCCAUUAGGCUUCGAUGGAAGCAUUUGCCUAAAAUGCCUUCCAAUGACUGUUUUAUGCAUUCGGAUAAGGAAUCCCUUGCUGUUGGUACGGAACUAUUGGUGUUUGGAAAGGGUAUCAUGAAUCAUCUCAUAUACAAAUAUAGCCUUUUGACGAAUUCAUGGUCUACGGGUAUGGAGAUGAAUACACCUAGGUGCUUAUUUGGGUCGGCUACUUUAGGUGAAAUCGCCAUAGUAGCGGGUGGUUGUGAUUUUUCGGGGAAUAUUUUUUCCUCGGCCGAACUUUACAAUUCGGAUACUGGAACUUGGGUGACUCUUCCAAGCAUGCACAAAGCUAGGAAGAAAUGUUCUGCCGUGUUUAUGGACGGCAAAUUUUACGUUGUUGGGGGACUUGGCGUUGAGAACACCAAUCCCCUUACAUGUGGGGAGGUUUUUGAUUUGGAGAGACGGAUAUGGACGGAAAUUCCGGACAUGCUCCCACUGAGGAAUGCUGAGCCAGGGGCAACUGGGGCAUCUGCUAUGUCAGAAGCUCCUCCUCUGCUCACAGUAGUGAACAAUGACCUUUAUGCAGCAGACUAUGCAAGGAAGGAGGUCAGGAAAUACUGUAAAAGCUCGAACUCAUGGGCGACAGUAGGAAGUUUGCCGGAUACUGCUGUCUCAAUGCAUGGUUGGGGUCUAGCUUUCCGUGGGUGUGGCGAUAAGCUCAUUGUGUUAGGGGGGCCUAGAGCUUUGGAUCGCGGCUACAUAGAGGUGAAUUCUUGGGCUCCGUCUGAGAUCCCACAACGAUGGACUGUUCUCGGUAGAAAACAAUCUGGUGGGUUUGUGUAUAAUUGUGCAAUAAUGGGAUGUUAAUAUGAUCGGAUUGCAUCUGCCAAAUCCGUAUCCAUCUCGUGAGCGGUGUAAGAUGGGAGAAUAACCUGCAAGCAAGGGGAACGGAAGGUUAAUUGUUUCUGUAGAUGGUGACCUUUGUCACAAGGGUAAAAGAAAAAUCUUUUAAAUACUUGGUCAACUCUUAAUUCUAAUGUGAGUUCUAAGGUUCAUAUCUCCUCGCGUAAGUUCAUACCUUGUGAGUUUAGCAAUAAGGUCAAGCUUAUUAUGUCUUAGUUUAUUUCGACAGUACUAAAACCAUAUUUACACCUUAAAAAUGAAGUUAUACACCAAUAUUCUUCUAUACAUAUAAAUAGAAUUGUUAAAAUCUUACAUGAUCAAAUUUAAAUCCCGAAUUAAUCCUACUUAAUAUUAAAAUAAUCUUCCUUUCAAAAAAAAAAUAAUAAUAAUCUUGAAUUUUAAUUAAAGUAAAUUGACAAUGGACACGUAGUAAUUUACCUGGAAAAGAAAAGAGAUGAAACAAUAGAAAGUGAUGAAGCUUUGUUAUUUUGUUGAAAUAUCUACAGAAGUGGUGGGUUUAGGAAAGAUACAUUGUAUAUUGUACACUGUACUUGAAAUUAAAUAGUCUACAAGUCGAUGGUGUACCAAUAUCUGAUGUUGCUUCCUCUAGGAAAAACAAAUAUAAGUAAUAAUGCUUCUUAAUAGUGAGAAUAAUAAUACUACUCUUUUUGUCUUUGUUAAUAUAUCUUACUUUCAUUUGUCUUUUUUAUUUUGUAAUAUUUUUAUUUUAAACAAUAUUUUUAGUUCCCACUAUUUUUUUAUCUAUAUAUAUAUUUUUUUAUUUCUCUCACUUUUAAUUUUAUCUGCAAAAUUUACUUAUUUUUACUAUUUUCUUAAUAAGUGUAUAAUAGGAUAUGAAUCUUGUGGUUAGAGGUGUUUAUUCGGGUCAUUAGGUUGAUUUCGGAUUACGUGUUUCAGGUCGGUUCAAAAGCGGGUCUUGUAUUCACAUUGAUAUUUACAUAAAUUUAAAUUUAUUUUAAAAUCAGAUCAAGUCGGAUUCAAUAAAAGGUCAAGUAAACAUCGAAUUGUCGAAUCUAUUCAAUAAAAUCAGUCCAAAGUUAGAGAAGUGAACAUUAAAAGUACUUAUUUAUAUGGCUCAAAUUUCAAGUUGUCGGGACAAAGUGUACGAAUUGGUUGGAGUUGGGAGUAUGUGUUAAUUAGUGCCCAUGUGAGCAUGAGACUGAGCUGAUCUUUAUUCUUGGCCUGCUUACUGCAAUGCCAAUCAGCACCAAGUAAUAAGCCCCAUAAUUGUAAAUGUAAAGGUACUCCAUUAACAGUUACCAUUACCUUGCUGUAAGUUGUAACAUUCACUUAUUCUGUUACUAACAACCAUCCAAAAGGUGUCUUUGUUUUUCUUCUUUCUUUUUCUUUGCCAUAUGUUUUUCUGCUGUUUUUUACCCACUUUAUGGCCCACUAAUUCUACAACCAGAAUCAUUUAUUUAUUGCAACACACCACAAGCCAUAGCACAUAGGGGAAUGAAUGAAUGAAUGAAUAAAUGUGUUCUACUCCUCCCUCCCUUUUUCUAAAAAAGAAAAAUUAUGUAGAUGAAAUAAAAAUAUACACUAACUGUUAGGAUAAGAAUUAAAGAAAGAACGUCAAUUAUAGCUAAAAUUACAAAUAAAGUAAAAUCUAAUAAACAGGCUAAAAAAAAGUUAGGGAUAAAGAGUACAAGAAUUAACAACAAGCAACUCAUGUUACUUCUCUUUCCAUCCAACUAUGUUACUUGUCAAAUUUGACAAAAUUGACUACACUUGACAUCAUUUCGUGGUAGUUUGAUUGAUAUAAUUUACAUACAAAGUUUCUUUGAUGGGCACAUAAAGUUAAUAUUUAUGAAAAAUAAAAUUUAUAUAAUUAUUUAGUUGACAUAAUAAC